AUGACUGACGAUCGUUCACACGCGACGCGUUCAAAAGGACGCUCGGCGUCGAUAUGCGCCACGAGUUCCACGAGCAUGGACGCAUUGCACUCUCUCGCGGCCGCGAAAGGUGCAAGUGCAACAUCAACAGACCACGGCACGUCUUCGGGUCGACCACGAAGACCUGCGGCCCGUUCACAAAGCGCAAAAUUAGUUUCCGGAAGGUCCAUUAAAAGGAAAACAGUACAGGCUUCCGGUUCUGCAUAUGCCGAAGUAGGCAAAAGCCACUGCAACAGUGAGCCCAAACUAGCCCAUGAUCAAGCACGUGUCACCCCCGACGUUUCUCCUAACAUUAGAAGAAAAGGAUCAACUAGACGAGGCACGUCAGUGUAUCAAAGGAAAUCCACAACAUUGUUAGAUGUUCCGGUCGAGUCGAGAAGCUCUUCGGCCAAUAACAUCGAAAGAAGGGAAGGCGAAGAUGAAGAUUCAUACCGAUUAAGAUCAUUUAGCUUCACAUCUAAAGGAAUUGUAAAUAGAGGGGAUUCCUUUAGAAGGCGAAAGUCGAGAAGCAACAGUGUAUGUCCGCCUAACGGUGGUCCUGUGCCAAAUGAGAAACAACAGCCAACUACGACCAAUGAAGUGUCCAAAUACGUAGUAGCAUUAAUAGGAGCACAAGGCGUAGGGAAAACGUCUCUAAUCAGCCAAUUUAUGACUUCCGAAUGUAUAAACGCUUACGAUAGUUCAAAAGAUGCCUUAGGACAACAGACAGUAUCGAUUAUGCUCAAUGGAGAAGAGUCUGAUCUCGUGUUUCAAAACGUCGCAAACCCUAGGGAAAUUGAUAGGGCGCACCCACCGGAUGCUUUCGUGGUUGUGUAUUCGGUAGUAGAUAAAGCAAGUUUUCUAAAAGCUGAAGCUGAAAUGACCAGGUUACAGGAUGCGGAUCUUCUAAGGUCAAGACCAGCCAUUUUAGUAGCAAAUAAGAUAGACCUAGCUCGAAGUAGAGCUGUAUCAACUCAAGAUGGUAAAUGUUUGGCGUGCACAUAUCGAGCGAAAUUCAUUGAAGUAUCAGUUGGUAUAAAUCAUAAUGUUGACGAACUGUUAGUGGGGAUUUUGACACAAAUUCGUUUGAAAAGUUUCCACGUUGAAGACAAGGAUCAUGGACAGCAAUGGUACAAAAGUCGAGGAGUUGUGAGGGCGAGCAUGAAAGCCCGUCAAAUGUUUACGUGGAUUUUUGGAAAAGAAGACUCGAAAUUCAAAAACUGCGAAAACCUUCAUAUCCUGUAGCUUCACCCUAAACAUUUAUUAACUUAAUCUUAUUAUACUUUUGUUAAGAUGCGUAAAUAUUAUUAUUAUGUAAUCGUAAGUCUAAAGGUAAGUCUGAAGAAAAGGACGGAAAAUGAAAUUAUUUCAGAUGCAUCUGAUUCCAAAAAAAUAUACUAUACAUAUAGUUUUUAUAUUAAAUAUACCCCAUCGAAAUCAAUUCACGUAUUAUCAUAACAUAAUUUACUUCAGUGUUUGUAAAAAAAUGCAAAAUAAAAAAAUAACUACAAUAUUCUAAUUCAAAUUUUCUGAUUCAACAAAGGACCACAAACAUAUCGCUUCGUUGGCUGGGCGUUCCUUUACAAAUUGGGAAAUUUUUCUAAUCUUAAGUUACCCAGCAACAUUUUAGCAUAAAUAUUGAAUAAAUUUAAGAGGGAGAGGCUGUUUAAUUUGACUGAAAAUUACGGUAUCGUAAAAUGUACAAAUCAUCUAUCAUAUUUGCUAUUUAAGGUACCUUUUUAUUUAAAACAACGCACUUAAUAAAUAAUUAUAAAACUAACUAAGAGAAAU